AUGAAGGAUUACGGAACGAAAAUGGAUUUAAUUUUCAAACUUACCGUAGUUGCACUGUACGGUGUUUCAACGUGCUGUGCUUUACUGGAUGUGUCAGGAAUCGAUCCGAAAUUCAGUGCACCGAUCGCAAACGUAACCGUUCCGGUGGGACGCGAAGGAGUGAUGACGUGCACGGUGCAUGAUUUGUACAAAUACAAGGUCGCCUGGUUGCGGGUCGAUACGCAGACGAUUCUGACAAUCGAAACGCUCGUCAUUACGAAAAGCGAACGGAUAGCGAUCACUCACACCGAGCAGCGCAUCUGGCAGCUUCGAAUUAAGGACAUUCGUGAGUCGGACAAGGGUUGGUACAUGUGCCAGAUCAACACGGACCCGAUGAAGAGCCAGAUGGGGUAUCUUAACGUCGUUGUGCCACCCGAUAUCCUCGAUUACCCCACGAGCCAGGACAUGGUAGUCCAGGAGGGCAGUAACGUGACACUCACCUGUGCUGCCACCGGAGUCCCCGAGCCGACCGUCACCUGGAAGCGCGAAGGGGAAAAGUCAGUCACAUCCGUGGAACACUCCGGAAUAACGAGCCACGACGGAGCGAUGCUGCACAUCUACCACAUCCAGCGGCACAACACCGGCUCCUAUCACUGCAUCGCAUCGAACGGAGUGCCCCCGACGGUCAGCAAGCGAAUUAUCGUUACAGUGAACUUCCAACCGAUUGUGCGGGUGUCGGCGCGCCAGUACUACGCCGAGCUGGGUGGCCGCGUGGCCCUGGAGUGCCAGAGCGAGGCCCAGCCGAACUCCAUCAACUACUGGAUGAAGGGCAAGGGCGAGAUCAUCCUGCAGGGCGGAACGUACGACUCGGCGCUGGAGGAUCACGUCUUCAAGGUGACGAUGAAAAUCGUCAUCCGCCUCGAGCGGGCGGCCGACUUCGGCGUGUACAAGUGUGUGGCCAAAAAUUCCCUCGGCACCACCGAGGAGGCGGUGAAAAUCUACCGUAAAACCUCCAAAACCAAGCAGGUGGAAAAUCAGGUCAUCCAGCAGUCGAACUACCUCGGCUCGACGACAUUCAUCAAGAACUAUACCGAUAACAAGAUCAACGAGAUUCUGCUGAGCGCGUCGGCGGCCGCUUCCAGCGGGUUGAGCAGUCUGCGAGGAGUCCUGUCCGGCGGGACAUUGUUGGUCGUUGCCAUGCUAGGCGCUAUGUUAAACUUAUGAUAAGAGUCAACCCAUAAAGCUGUAGGA